AGUUGCCGGUAGCAGAAAUGAUAUCAGUCAAUGUGCGACCCGGUGUUGGAACACACACGCUAGGGUCCGAAAGUGAACCGACCCGCGCCUUCCAAAUCAAUUGCGAACGUGCUGUAGAGCGCACCUGUGCUAUCUGUUGAACAAGUCGUACCGAGAGCCAACGUUUGACGCUGUGAAACAAUAGUGUGUUGUAGGUUGUGUCCACAAGUAGCAGCUACUUGCAAAAGGGUGCCAUCGAAUUAGUUGAAUUGUGUUUUAGUGCAACCGUACAGACCGUGCGGUGGUUCGCCGAUUGUUCACUGGUGUCGCAGACAAACGAUCCGAUCCAAUCAACAUGACCGAGCGACGCUGGUCAGGCAGUGUACAGCUAAAAGCUGAGCGGAGUUUGCUGGAGAACAACUUGAACCAGUUCAUCAAGGCGCUGGCGAAUGAAGCCGACGUUAAUGGGAAGAUGAGUAAAUUUCCGUAUUCAAAGUAUUCGCUGUUUGAGAUGGCUUGCAAAACACCGGGAAGAGCCAAAUUUAUUGCGGCCUGCCUGCAACGUGGUGCCUUUGUGGGGCAGGUAAGCUACAGUUGUCGUAUUGAUUCGUACCUUAAGCUGUACCACCUGCUGUUCAGGAGUCAGCAAGCGUUAGAGUAGUCAAAGAAGAAUGCUGGGAAUUAGUAUUAUGUUAUACUGUCUAUCGCAAGCUUUCAUUAAAUAGUGAAA